GCCGCGGGAGCCCGCGCCCGCCGCGGCCCGGGUGGGGUUCGACCCCGGGUCCGGCGAGCAGGACGAGGGCAACGAGGUCGCGGCGGCGGCUCUGGCCGCUCCCUGGGACCCGGCGAGCUCCGGCCAGGCUUGGCAGGACUUCCAGGAGCGACUCGGGGACGAGGUCAAGUUCAUCCCCAGAAAAGAGCAAGUUAGUACCUUGUAUCAAAACAUCAACCUCGUGGAGCCAAGACUGAUUCAACCAUAUGAACAUGUUAUAAAGAACUUUAUCCGUGAGAUCAAACUUCAGAGCACAGAAAUGGAAAACCUGGCCAUUGCAGUAAAGAGAGCCCAGGACAAGGCAGCCAUGCAGCUGAGUGAGCUGGAAGAGGAAAUGGAUCAGAGGAUUCAGGCUGCAGAACAGAAGACACGGAAAGACGAAAAACGCAAAGCUGAGGAAGCCCUCAGUGACCUCAGGCGUCAAUAUGAAACAGAAGUGGGAGACCUACAGGUGACGAUAAAGAAACUCAAGAAGCUAGAAGAACAAUCAAAACACAUAAGUCAGAAACAAGAUGUGGCUGCAUUAAAGAAACAAAUUUAUGACUUAUCAAUGGAAAAUCAGAAAGUUAAGAAAGAUCUUUUAGAAGCACAGACAAACAUAGCCUUUCUUCAGAGUGAACUAGAUUCUUUGAAAAGUGAUUAUGCUGAUCAGAGUCUGAAUUCUGAAAGGGAUCUGGAAAUAAUCCGAGAAUACACAGAAGAUCGAAAUAGUCUUGAGAGGCAAAUUGAAAUACUCCAAACAGCUAACAGGAAACUGCAUGACAGUAACGACGGCCUGAGGAGUGCCCUUGAGAACAGCUACAGCAAGUUCAACAGAUCCUUGCGCAUAAAUAAUAUCUCACCAGGGAAUACAAUUUCUAGAAGCAGUCCUAAAUUUAAUCUUCAUUCUCCUCAACCUCUGGGCUAUGACAGGUCAUCCCGCUCUUCCUACAUGGAUGAGGACUGUGAUUCGCUGGCCCUCUGUGACCCCAUGCAGAGGAUGAAUUAUGAUGUUGACAGCCUGCCUGAGAGCUGCUUCGACAGUGGCUUGUCUACCCUGCGAGAUUCCAACGAGUAUGACUCGGAGGUGGAGUACAAGCACCAGAGGGGAUUCCAGAGGUCGCACGGCACGCAAGAGAGCUUUAGGGGUGAUGCUUCGGACACGGACGUUCCUGAUAUAAGGGAUGAAGAGACUUAUGGCUCAGAAGGCAUAGCUUCCAUCCUGGACUGGAAGCCCCCAGGAUCUGCUAGUGAAGGCAGCGUCAUUAACUCCUCAAGAAAGCCCAUCUCUGCGCUUUCACCACAGACAGACAUGGUGGAUGAGAGCCAUAAAUCUUCCAGCUCGCAGAAAGCUUUCAAGAUUGUGCUGGCCGGGGAUGCUGCAGUGGGGAAGUCGAGUUUCCUCAUGAGACUUUGCAAGAAUGAAUUUCGAGGAAACACAAGUGCUACCCUGGGAGUUGAUUUUCAAAUGAAAAUGCUCAUUGUAGAUGGAGAACGGACAAUACUGCAGCUUUGGGAUACAGCUGGCCAGGAGAGAUUCAGAAGCAUUGCCAAGUCUUACUUCAGAAGAGCAGAUGGUGUUUUGCUGCUGUAUGAUGUUACGUGUGAGCAAAGCUUUCUUAAUGUACGAGAAUGGGUAGAUAUGAUUGAGGAUGCAGCCCAUGAGAGCAUUCCUAUCAUGUUGGUAGGAAACAAGGCUGAUCUUCGCGACACUGCUGAAACAGAGGGACAAAAAUGUGUCCCAGGGUACUUGGGAGAAAAACUGGCCAUGACCUAUGGGGCAUUAUUUUGUGAAACAAGCGCCAAAGAUGGUUCAAAUAUAGUGGAAGCUGUUCUCCAUCUUGCUCGGGAAGUGAAAAAAAGAACUGAUGAGGAUGACAGCAAAUCCAUUACCAAUCUGAGUGGCACUAGUUCCAAAAAGUCAACCCAGAUGAAGAACUGUUGCAAUGGUUAAUUCCAAAACAUCCUUGGCCCACAAAGCCUCCAUUCCCAGGGUACUGAAUAUACGUGACUUACUUGCUUCUUACAUGAAGUGGUACAUCCUACAGACACUUGGAGAGUUACAGUGUGGGGAAUCUGAACUGUGCUCUCGGGUCCCUCCAGAACCUCAGCUCUUUUUUGCUGUUUCAAUGAGUGAUUUGGGCCCCCUGGUUACAUAUGCCUGUCUUAAAUUUAGAAAGUCUUUUUAUGCUCAGAUCAAAGCUAUAAAAGAAAUUCACUGAUAUAAUUAGAUUCAUGUGGUAGAUAACCAAUGACAUUUACUUCCCAUAUUCAGUACUAUUGGGUUGGCCACAAAGUUCGUUCAGGUUUUUCUCAACUUUACAGGAAACCCCAAACAAACUUUUUGGCCAAGCCAACAGAAAACUAGUAAAGGGGGGUUAGCAUCCUACCUUUGCUGUAAACAGCCUUCUGGUCUUGAACCUGUCACCAACCCACAUUAGAUCCAUUUCCUCAUCUGUAAACAAGCAGCUUGGCCUUUCAGGCCUCGGCGCUCUCAGCUCUGAAGCUCUUUGAGGAGUGAGAAGGAGAGUGUGAUGGCCCAUGGUUUAUAAGGACUUUGGUCGUUCAUCUUUUUAAAUAUUUAAGUAUCAGUUUUUCUCACUUCUUGUAUAGAACAGAAUUUAAUUGUGUAGAAUAGAAUUUAACUGAGAAAAAAAUGCAAUGUUUUAUGUUCCAGUGGAGAUAGAAAAAUCUAUUGCUUUAUAUAUACAGAAAACAUUUGGGGGACAAAAAUAGUUUGUAUAUUAAAGAGGGUGUUUUAUAAUCUCAGAAUACUUACAAAGACCAUGGUUUGAAUUCACUGCUAAAAAUUCUAACGAAAAGUAUAAAGCCACAUGCUACUGAAAAUACAAUGCCCAGGAAAGUUGUCCCACUUCACUUAAAAAAAAAAAAAAA